AUGUCAGAUGUUGUUGUAUCAUUUAAUGGUGAUACAUCUGCUUGUAGGGUCACUCUGUAUAAUGAUACAAGAGUUGAAUGUGUCCAAACCAAAACAUUGACAUCUGGAAUGCAGGCUAUCACCGUAUCAAUUUAUGGUUUCACUUCAAAUGUUAUCUUUGCCAAUUUGACAAUACCACAAAGUGAAUGUCUUAAUACUGGUUGUUCGGGUCAUGGAUUAUGUAAUCAAAAUGGUACUUGUUUUUGUGAUACUGGUUAUUAUUCUGUUAUAUGUUCAGAGAAAUAUCCUACUUUUAAAUCAGGAGAAUAUGAUUUAAAUGAUAGAAAAUUGAUCAGUAUCUAUGGUGAUUUCGGACCAUUCAAUCAGUUAGCAGUAUCAAUCACUUUGAAUAGUACCGUUUGUCAAGCUACAUAUAAAUCACAAACAUUGAUUAAUUGUACAUUGGUCAGUGAACCAACUGAUGGUUUGGCUUUGGUCAAAUUGACUGUUGAUAAUUCAACAAAUAAUGGAAAUAAUUGGAUUUAUUUUAAACCUUCAUCGCAGGGAUCAGGUUCAGGGUCGGAUUCAGGAUCAGAUAGUAAUGAAUUAACAUGUCCAUUUAAUUGUUAUGGUCAUGGUCAAUGUAUCAAUGGGAAAUGUAAAUGUGAUACUGGAUACAGUUCAAUUGAUAAUUGUUUGACAAAAACAACCAAUCAUACAGUAACACCCAAUACAACAUCACCAACAACAUCAUUUGAUAUCGAUGGAAUUGAUUUCCAAUUUGAAAUGAUUGCCAUUCAAGAAAUAGAUACUGAUGAUAAUAUUGUUAAUGAAGUAUUGACAAACAAUUGGAAUUCAACGAUAAUUGUUAACAAUCGAACACAAGCAACAACAGUCAACUAUCAACUCAACAACAGUGAUACAACAGCACUUGUAACAGCAACGAUAUCAUUCUCACAACAACCAAGAGAUAUUCAAUUUGGUUCACAACUACUUCACAUCGAUGCCAACUGA